CCUAGGAGGGACUCAUCUGUACCCUUUCACCCCAACGGCAGGCCUGAUGAAUACCGUAAAUAGUGUGGCACAAGUGCAGAUAGCUUGGUGGUUGGUUAAGAGACACAGAAUUACAGCAGCUGUUGAGGUAACAGUAAAGUGACUGGCAAUGGCAAGCACCACUUGAAAAUCCUCCCUGACAUAUUAUGGCAACUGUGUGCCAAGACCCAGUAAAAUAUCACUGAUUCCACCUUUCAGUUAAAGACAGGUGCAUUUAAGGUGCAUCCAUAAUCCAUUUUACAGUGCCUCAUCAGAGUAGCAAGCCAAACAACCCAGACUGGUUUGGUGCAUUCCUGUCAGACAUUAGCAGAGCUCCCAUUUGACCUAUUUGAUAAUGAACACUUUUCUCUUUGUUUUUAUUACCAUGGUUUUGAGUGCAUGACAAAUGCUGAUUGGUAAACCAAGGGAAACACAUUUCAUUAUGUAUUGCAUUUGUUUUAAAGUAAAAUACUGUAAAAGUACUAUGUACCUAGGCCUGUGAACACGUCCGAAAAGUUUACUGUAAUUUAUUAUCGUAGCUCAAAAAGGGAACAAGGAAGUCAACCCCUUUACAAUGCCAGUAAAUGCUUUGUUAGUAUUCAUCUCUACACAGGUGUUUAUGAAAGAAUGAGGAAGUCCAACAGCAAACACAAAAAAGGAAACACAGAGUCUCACCCAGUCAAACAGGAUUGACUCUCCUAAGUAUCAAUGGAUCCUACAUUUCUCCGGCAUCGGUCUGUCGUUCCACAUCCAGUGGACCUUCUAUCUGGAACGACAACUCAAAGCUGCUCCGAGAACAACCUGAGGUUUAUCUGUGAGUUUAAGCCCCUGCCUGGUCCACUGCAGGUGUCUGUAGAUGAGGAUUUCAAUGUCAAUAUGGACAGCGAGUCAGUAUCAGUCAUCCUCCCUGCGCAGUGCAGUGUCUACCAGCUGCGGCUGCGCAUCUGUAUACAGGCACAGGAACAAAACUGCCAUCCAGACCCACUUGCAAUCCUGGACCCAGAGAAAUACACUCUGCUUUAUGCCAGGGGGGAUGACUGGUAUGAGGCCUACGAUGACUGUCAGGUUAUCAGGACGUUAGACAUUCCAUGGUCAUAUGACAACACUGGGCGUCUGUUGGCGCACAUAGUGGUCACACCACUUGUGGCAGUUGACUCAGAGGAGAGGAAGAAACAGCAGCAGUGUCUGGCUGAACUGAUAGGACACAACCUGGAGAAAGAAGCAUCUGACAGGCUUGGUGAGCUCACAUUCACCCGCAGAAAACUGGCUUCUCCGAGAAGACAAGAGCUGAGGGAUCGGGAUGAUGAGUUAUACGCCACAGAGCCUUGGAUAACACACGCCCCCAUUCCAAAUGACCUACAGGACCAGCUAAACAGAAAGCUUCCUGUCACCCUUCAUUAUAUGAGCAAGCUCAGCUUCAGCAUACAGGUGGAUUUUAGUGCAACUCCAAGUGUACUUCUUACGGUUUUUAGAAAGGUGAUGGCAGAUCAGGGGCUUGUUUACGACACUUCUGAAAGACUGGUGUUGAAGGUCUCUGGGAGGGAGGAGUUUUUAUCUGGAGACUACCCCCUGAGCAAUUUCCUCUGGGUUCGACAGUGCUUAAAAGCCAUUCAUGACCUCCACCUCUCUGUGGUCCCUGUGUCGCAGGUUGUCAAUGAGACUGUCAGGUUUGUAGACUUGCCACUCGUUGAUGGUUCCAGUGGCCAGUUUAGCUCCCACGAUGACCUCCGCCUUGAAGGGAAGGAUCUGGAAGACAUUUUCAUGAUAUCCUUGUGGGACUGCAACAGAAGACUCAGAGUGAAGCUGCUUGGCUUUGACAUCCCAAAACUUCCAAGCAAAUGCCCUCAGUCAGUUUAUGUAACAGCAUCCAUACUUUAUGGUAACAAGGUUCUCUCUUCGGUGUCCUCAACUCCCAAGGCCUUCGCAGAUGAAGUGCUGUGGAAUGAGUGGCUUGACUUUGAUGUUCUCCUCAGGGAUCUGCCACGUGGAGCCAAGCUGGGCUUCACGAUUAAUGCUAGCGCUGGUGACAUCACUCCAGACCGAAAGUCCACAAUAAUCAAAGACCCCAAGCCGCCACUGCCCUCAGUCACUAAAGCACCAGACCUGCUGAAAGGGAAGGGGAAGGUGCUCUACUUUGUCAAUCUCCUGCUCAUUGAUCACAGGUCCAUCCUAAGUCAGGGCCCCUACACCUUGCACAUGUGGUCCUACCCAGACCUGGAUGAUGAGGCCAUCACCUACCAGGCAGACAAGCUCUCCUCUGCUACCAACCCAGACAUAGCUGACUCCAUGGCUAUCAGCUUCCUUCUAGACCGCUACAGCUUCCCUGUGGUUCUGCCAAAUAGCUUCAGCUCCUCUGAAUGCUCCACCAAAUCUACUGCUUCCCCCGAUGCUCUCUCCUCCUUGCCCCCUUCCAACGUAUCCAGCGCAGAUUCUUCCUUUCUGAAUGUGAAACCUCUCCAGAAUUCAGGGACUGACACUGUGUCUCUCAGAUCCCCGUCUCCCGUCACCAGCACCAACAAGUCUUGCCUCAGAAGGUUCCGGGAGGAGAGCCUCCGCUACGCCUCCAAUCUGCCCCAUUAUCUGCGCAGUGUUAAUUGGAUGAACCGUAGAGCGGUUGAGGACAUCCACUGGCUACUGGGAAUGCUGGAUCCUGAAGAACUGGAUGUAACAGUGGCUCUGGAGCUGUUAAGCAUGGACUUUGCUGAUGUGACGGUCAGGAGACUUGCAGUCCAGAGAUUGGAGUGCCUGUCCAAUGACGAUGUAUUGAAGUAUUUGCUGCAGCUAGUGCAGACCCUCAAAGUGGAACCAUACCAUGACAGUUUCCUCGCUCGGUACCUCAUCCAAAGAGCCCUGCGGAGCAAGAGGAUCGGCCACUUCUUCUUCUGGUAUGUCCGCAGUGAGGUGGCAGGGUGUCCGUACUUCCGCCAGCGCAUGGCUGUGAUUCUGGAGGCCUACCUCCUGGGCUGUGGUCAGGCCAUGCUCGACAGCUUCACCCAGCAGGUCCAGGCUGUGAAGGCCCUAGAGGAGGUUGCUAUUAUGAUUAAGAAAAUGUACCCUGACAAGACCGACCUUCCUCCUACAGCUCCCCUCAGGCUUCAAGAGCUUCUUAGGAACUGUAAUUUGCCAAAUGAAUUCCUGCUCCCCUUUGACCCGCGCAUCAAAGCUGGAGGCAUCCUGCUGGACAAAUGUAAGGUGAUGGCCUCCAAGAAGAAGCCACUGUGGCUUGAGUUCUCUCCCAUGCCGUCGCCCACCUCUGCUACACCUGUCGGAAUAAUUUUCAAAGAGGGGGACGACCUCAGACAGGACAUGCUGGUCAUUCAGACGCUGGUGGUGAUGGACUCUAUCUGGCAGGAGAAAUCACUGGACCUUAACCUUAUUCCAUAUGGCUGCAUCUCCACAGGACACAACAUAGGUAUGAUUGAGAUUGUGAGGGACGCAGCGACCAUUGCUGCAGUGCAGAGGAACCAUGGAGGAACGAAUGGAGCCUUCAGAAACGAUGCUCUGUUUGAGUGGCUCAAGUCCAAAUGUCCACUCCAGGAAAUACACUACAAGACAGUGGAGAGAUUUGUGAAGUCCUGUGCUGGUUACUGUGUGGCCACCUAUGUUCUGGGUAUAGGAGAUCGACACAAUGACAACAUCAUGGUCACAGACCAAGGGAACCUGUUUCACAUCGACUUCGGUCACAUCCUGGGCAACAGGAAGCACUUCCUUGGUGUGAGCAGGGAACGUGUACCAUUCGUCCUCACACCUGACUUCCUGUAUGUCAUGGGCAGGGGCAAAGGGCGCAACAGCCUCUACUUUCAGCGGUUCAGGGACACCUGCACCCAGGCAUACCUCUCCCUGCGUGCGCACUCUCGUCUACUGAUCACUCUUUUCUCCCUCAUGCUGCUGACGGGUAUCCCGGAGCUGAGUGCUGCAGAGGAUAUGCGCUACCUGCGGGAGGCAUUGCAGGAGGAACAGAAUGAGGCAGAGGCCAAGGAGCAUUUCCUUCAGCAGAUCGCUGAGUGUGAGCAGAAGGGCUGGACCGUGCAGGCCAACUGGUGGAUCCACAUGGUGGCAGGCAUCAAGUAGACUGUUGGGGAUUUGAAAUCUGAAAUCAUGAUGCUUCAGGCCUGAAGGAGGGGAAAUGUAAAUUUUUAAAAAUUUGUUUUCAUUGUUUAUUUUUUAUGUUAUUAUUAUAGAUAUGAAUUGUCUAGUAUCCCUCUCCUUCUCCACAGCUCUUAUGUUAUGAUAUGCUUUUAGCAGCAAAGAUGCUCUUCAAACUCGCUAAACAGUAAGGGCAAAAACAUUACAAGCAUGAUAUCCUUAUGGUUACACACUGUACAUACAUGGACUGUAUACAGUAUACUGUCCACGUUACUAAUUAACCUACAAGUCACGAGUUUCCUUCACUGACAUAAUUAGUGCAGUACCCAUUCAAAACACGCCCGUUCAGAACGGGCCUGACGCUUGGCCUGUGUGAUUGUAACCUGUUCUCAUCUCAACACGUCAAAUACCGCCGCUUUGGCGCUCAAAAUAUGACGUGUGACAUACCCUUGUGCAUCAGUUUUGGAUCAUCACGAACAGCGUCUCAAUUUAGACUUGUGACAUGCAUUGUGUCUUUUCAAAAUACGUUCACAGGAAAUGUGAAUGUACAGUUUCUACUCCAGGGGCGUAACUGGGGCCCAUAGGGUGGGGGGCCCAUAGAGAAAGCAGGCCCUUGCCAGUGAUUCAGAAUACCACCUCAGAAAUAUAGCUGUGUUCAAAGAGGAAUGAUGUUUUUUCUUCUUUUUCCUUUUCAAAAUAUGCAAUGAUUUUUGCUUGGUUAUAUGUACUACGUUGAUGUUGUUAAGUCUCUAUUUGAUCAUGUGAUGAGACGAUACAUGCGCAACAGCGUGCACAAAGGCCCAUCAUAACAGCAUGCACUGGGGCCCAUGAAGAUUACCUUAUGCCAAGGCUCAGCUCGUUACUUACAUACAGUCUUUUUUAAAAUAAACUUACUACAUAGGUAAAACACUUUAUUAUCAUGUUUCCUUAAGUUUAGGCAACAAAAAUCCCUGGAUAGAUUUAGGCAACAAAAGCACUUUGCUUGAGGUAAGGGAAAGAUGGUGAUUUUGGUUAAAUGGUUACAAAAAAGCUAAUAAUAAUGCUAAUAAUAAUGAUGCUGGAAUGGAAGAUGGAAAACAAAUGAAAUAGGCCUACAUUGUCAUCAACAUUUUCUCGAUACCUUGUUUCAUCAACGUUUUUAGGACUUGCCAGGUGCAUUAAUCAUUAUGUCAUGUAUCCUUUUUUUAAACUGUCCAUUUUGAGAAACAAUAUUAUAGGAAUGCAAUACUAAAUCGAAAGAAAUAAACGGACCAUUUUUACAGCAAUUACUGAUGUGAAUUUUACGUUAGUCUGGUUGAUAUAAAAAUGUGGAGAUCAAUAAGGUAACAUUAAUAAUGGCCUGCUCCUUGUCAUGUAAAACCCCUUCAUACCACGAUAGGUCUUACAGAGGAGGCACUCAGUGGGACGUGACGAAUGGAGAACUACUUAAACAUCCACGUGUCAGUGAGAAUUGGAUGCCAUUAACGACGUGGUUAAUUCCCAGAUAUGAGACUGACCAAUGGCUGCUACUUUAGGCUGUAAUAACGAUGCCCUGGUACAUAGGUACCCCUAUGUACAUAUGCACAUACAUACUCCUACCCACACACCCAUAUGUACAUACAUAUAUAUAUAUAUAUACACACACAUGUACAUACAUGCUCAUCUGCAUAUAUCUACACCCAUGUACCCAUCUAAUACGCUAUUGAGUUGCAUAAUGGGAAAUGCAAGAUUCUUUAUUUUGUAGCCUGUCCCAACUUAGGGAAUAAAAAUAAGGAUAUCCCAACCUCUUCUGUUUUGAUUUUGACUCUUCCUUUUUCUGUCUCUCGCUAGUACAACAACUAUGGAAGUACAAUCCUACAUCACUGGGGUACCUUUUAGUUUGUUUUUAUAAAGCAUGUAAAAGGUGAAAUGAAAGAGUCUGACUUCAUUUGUGUUCAUAUCGCUGAAAGUUGCACUGAUUUUGAAUCAAAUAAAAACCUAA